CAGAAUCGUCAUAAGAAGGACGGAGAAAGGGAACUGGGGUUGGGGAAGCUUUGAUCCAAUGAUGCCGCUUCCCAGGAGACGUUCGGAGACCUGGACAUGUCCGGAUUGAAGAGAUACGAGGUGGCGCUGGAGGCGGAGGAGGAGAUCUACUGGGGUUGCUUCUACUUUUUCCCCUGGCUGCGCACGUGGCGGAGGGAGCGGAGCUCCGCGCACCCCGGGGAGCAGAAGCUGGAGCCUCUGCGGGGCCUGAUGAGCUGUCUGUCGAGCGGCCUGGGCCCUGCUCCCCAACCCUCGCGCCGCUGGCUCCCUCGCCGCGCCGCCGCCGCCCAGACAGCCCGUACAUUAAAAAUUUAAACCGAA